CUUUGGUGCUGGUGAGACCGCGUCUUGGCACAAGAGCCCCGUCCGGGGCUCACCAGGGCACGAGGGAUCCGGGCAUACUGGAGAGAGCCCCGUGGAGGCCACCGAGAUGGUCGGGGCUGGAGCACAUGGCAGAUGGGAAAAGACUGAGGGAACCGGGUUUGUUCGGCCUGCAGAAGGGAAGGUGAAGGACUUUGUCUUCACAAUGUUUGGGGACUUAUUUGAAGAGGAUUUUUCCUUUAUUUCAAAUAAUCAAUGUGGAAAAGGGACGAAGUCAAAGCACAAAGAUACCGAGCCUCCAGCUCCCAGGGAGUUCACCAACCUAAGUGGCAUCAAAAAUCAGGGUGGGACCUGCUACCUCAAUUCCCUUUUACAGACUCUGCUUUUCACACCUGAAUUUAGAGAGGCGCUGUUCUCUCUAGGACCUGAGGAACUUGGGACUCUGGAUGAUACUGGUAAACCAGAUGCAAAGGUUCGAAUAAUUCCAUUACAGCUUCAACGGUUAUUUGCUCAGCUUCUGCUCUUAGACCAGCAGGCAGCAUCUACAACAGACCUUACUGAGAGCUUUGGAUGGAAUAGUAAUGAGGAAAUGAGGCAGCAUGAUGUGCAGGAAUUGAAUCGGAUUCUGUUCAGUGCUCUGGAAACUUCCCUUGUUGGGACUUCAGGUCAUGACAUUAUUAAUCGAUUGUACCAUGGGAUUGUUGUCAACCAGAUUGUUUGUAAAGAAUGCAAGAAUGUCAGUGAGAGACAGGAAGAUUUCUUAGACUUAACAGUGGCUGUAAAAGGUGUAGCUGGCUUGGAAGAGGCCCUGUGGAACAUGUAUGUGGAAGAAGAAUACUUUGAAAAUGAUAACUUGUAUCGAUGUGGAGCCUGUGAUAAACUCGUUGAAGCCUCAAAGGUAAUGCGUUCGGUGAUUCCCAGUAUUCAGUUCGGUAACAGUUAGGAACUCAGCUUAUGUUUAUAUGUCCGCUCUCUACCUCCAAAAUGAGAAAAUCUGUAUCUGUAAUCACAUGACAUAUAAUAAAAGGGUGCCAAAAACU